UCCAUGAACUACCGGGUAGAGGAAGUACGGUUACAAAGUUAUAGUAAUUGGCCCUUGAGAUAUAUGGACCCAGUUAGGAUGGCAGCUGCAGGAUUCUACUACACUGGUCAAGGUGACAAGGUCAAAUGCUUCGAAUGUGGAAUUUCAAUAUGUGAAUGGGAAGAGGGUGACAACCCACUAUCAGAUCAUCAUCGGUACCAGUCGAACUGUCGAUUCAUUAGGAGUUUACGAUGUGGUAAUGUACCCCUUGGAGUAGACCCUAGUACGGUCCAAAUCCCAAGUACUAGACGUCACUAUGGAGACGAGUUUCGGCCUAACGCAGUAUCGGGCUUGGAACCAAAGACAACACCACCCGUUCGUCUGAUCCAGAUUGGUGGCUUAAGGGAAGUCUUCGUCAACAUUCCAAAACCGAUACAUCCACAUUUCGCAAACGCAAAGGAUAGAUUGAAGAGUUUCAAACACUGGCCCGCCUCCAUGUCACCUACGAAGGAGCAACUCGUCGAAGCCGGAUUUUAUUAUGAAGGGUUUGAAGAUCGAACAAUAUGUUAUUAUUGCGGAGGUGGACUGAAUGACUGGGAACCUGAAGAUGAUCCAUGGCGACAACACGCGAAAUGGUUCAAGAAAUGUCACUUUGUGCUGAUAACCAAAGGCCUAGAUUUUAUUGAUGACAUUGUAAGGAAACCUGCUACCCCACACAAGCAAGAAGAAGCACGACAAAUAAGUUCACCAAGUCAUGUUGAGGAAGCAGCACCAUCCACUAGCUGCGAUAGUGAAGAAAAGGAUAUCGAAGAAAAAGGAGCUGAGUUACGAGAAGAAGAAGAGAAACUUAAACAAACUACAAACGACAACGCCGAAGAAUUAAGUGAACCCCAGGAUCCUACAACGACAACCACGACAACAAUGACAACGACGGAGUCCAAGGGAGUACCUGAAGCAAAAAUAUGCAAAAUUUGUUAUGUACACGAACUAGGAGUAGUUUUCUUGCCCUGUGGUCACAUGUUAGCUUGCACCAGAUGCGCUCCGGGGUUAAUGCAAUGCGCCGUAUGUCGCGAACGUAUUCUAAUCUCAGUCCGUACUAACAUCUGUUAA